AGGGCUUUUAUUAUUUAAAGUUUGCAGCAAGUGAAGAGGGAACUGUUAGACUGUUGCCUAGAAGCUACCAGGCUAAGGACCUAUUUUUAAACCCCUCAGUUCUGACUUCGUGGAUCCUUCUGAAGCGCAGAUAUGCCUCAGACUGUAACUCUAAUCGGACCCUCGCCAUGGGGUUUCAGGCUUGUAGGUGGAAGGGAUUUUAGUACACCUUUAACUAUUUCAAGGAUUACACCUGGAAGUAAAGCUGCACAGGCAGAGCUUAACCCUGGUGAUACUAUCGUGGCUAUAAAUGGAGACAGUACUGAGAGCAUGACACACAUGGAGGCCCAGAACAGGAUCAAAGCCUGCACUGACCAGCUUGUUUUGUCUAUCAGCCGAUCUGAGACAAAGAUCUGGUCUCCAACUGGUACAGAAGAUGGCAAGACGAAUCCUUUUAAGGUCAAUUUGGAGGCUGAACCACAGGGUUUCCGACCCAUUGGAAGUGGAUAUAACAGAAGAGCCGCCCAGUAUGUUACUGAUGUUCCAUUGAAUAAUGGCAAUUCAAAGUCAGCCUUGCAGUAUAAUAAUCCAGUUGGACUGUACAAUAACAACAACACAGAAGCCACUUUACCCAAGCAAAUGACUAAUCUCCGUCUAGGUUCCUCUAACAGCCCUGAACCACAAAUCCAUUCACCAAGUAGCAAAAAUGGGUUUGAUACUCAGUCUGAAGUCUAUAAGAUGCUUCAAGAUUAUGAAGAGCCUUCUGCAGAACCCAAGCAAUCUGGCUCUUUCCGAUACCUGCAAGGGAUUCUGCAAGCCGAGGAUAGUGCUGAAAGACCUGCAGUCAAAAGUGUGAAAUCUCCUGUAAGAUCUCCCGUUCCAAAACUGGGGUCGCCCUUACCUGGCUUUCAGCUUCCCGAGUGCACCCGUUGCGGGAAUGGCAUAGUGGGGACAAUAGUGAAAGCAAGGGACAAGUUAUACCACCCAGAGUGCUUCAUGUGUGACGACUGUGGAUUAAAUCUGAAGCAGCGGGGGUAUUUUUUCAUCGAGGACCAUCUUUACUGUGAGACCCACGCCAAGGCCAGAGUACAGCCUCCAGAGGGAUAUGAUGUUGUAGCCGUUUAUCCCAACUCUAAAGUUGAACUGGUCUAAGUCUGCACAGUGUGCAAAGCAUGUGCCUUUUUUCCAGUUCGAUAAUGCUGUUGUCCUGUUCUUAUUUGGGGUGAUAAGUUUCCAUGCACUGCAUGUUACAAUUGUCCAUAAAUGUUAAACAGUCAUUGUCUUCAAGAAGUUUUCUUUUGUUUUUAAAAGCUUAUUGUAGAAGUCACCAUUUAGUGUUUUUUUUAAAUUGUGUUUUAUACCUGCUGAAAUUAUAAAGUCAUUUAACUCUGAGGUUUUAAGACGGCAAACCUUUUUUUGUAUCAAUAGCACUUUAUCUCUAUCUCUGUUAACCACGGUUUGAAAUAUGCUUUCUGAAUAUCUGAAACAUUCAGUCUUUAUUCUUAGUGGUUAUCUCUUCAAAUCAUAGAAACUAAGUAUCGUUUUAAAAGAAAUAAGGAUAUACCAUGGCAUUUCAAAAUAAAGCUGCCGACAAAAUUGGUCACAUUCCCAGGAUACCCUUUUUUAAAGUAUCUGUUUAAACACAUUCCAGUGCUGCAGCAAGAAAGUCUUUCUUUAUGCUUCUGUUAAUCUUUGAAAGGGAUUUGGGAGACAAAAUGAGAAAAGCAGAAAACAAUGAAACAUGGCUGUAAUAUGAGUAUGUGUGAUGUCUUUCAUUUGUUUAAUUCCUGGCAUUUACAGUAAUCAUGGAGACCCACAACCAGCAGAUUUUAUUAAUCCUUAUUAAAUCCUAGACAUUUAUUAAUGUCCUUAAAUAAUCAAUUUCUAAAUUCAAGAAACAAUUUUCUUUUGACCACCGAAGCAGGAGACUUGUUCAGUUAAGUAAUUUAUAGAUCAUUUAAAAUUAAGAUCACAACACCCUAUAGUUACAAAGGACCACAAUUGGCCAAUCCUAGCCUUAAUGAACCAGUUAAUAUUGUUAAAUGUAUAAAAACACAUUUAUUCCAAGUUUCUACGUAUUGAUGAUGUGAGGGUGAUACUGUAUAUAAGAUUUUUUUUAACUGUGUAUCUUCAUGCACAUUAUUUAAUUGUAUUUGUUGGCUACCCCUGGUAUAUACUGUAGGUACAUUAUGUUGGAUUCAUUUCUUAGAUUUGUAUGAAAAUAAGUACUUUUAGAUGGGUGGAAAUCCAUUUGUUAUAAGCUGGAGGUGACUAAAAUGUCAGUUUGGUGUGAAAUGUUCAUGUGUAUAUUUUUUAUCUUGUUUAAAAUACUAAUAAUGAUUGUAUUACGUGUUUACAAUUCUUAAAAGUGAAUUUCCAAUUAAAUAUAAAGGUGAAGUUUGUAAAAUAUUUGAAAGGUGUUUAUUUAAAGAUAAUGCCAGGAAGAAUAAUAACACAAUAACUCCAGUAGGUCCAUUCCAGAAUACUAAAUUCUUGCAUACAUUUAAAUGCUAAAGGACAACUUUAUAAGAAUAAUUCACACUGUUACUAUACUAAUUUAAAAAUGUAGUACAGUAUGUUACAAUAGGAAAUGAUGCAGAACAAUGUUACAUUUCUGUGUUUUCUUAUGAGUCGUGUAUAUAUUUGUUUGUUUGUGGUUCUUUGUUUUUUUUACUAAGUUAACUUUUAUUAUGUUUUAACAAACUGUUUUUGACUUGUCAUUAUUACAUUUUGCCUGUACACACCUGUCUCUUUUAAACCUGCUAAUCUUUAUUAGGUGACCUGCAACAAAUCGUUAAAUAUUUCUGAGUUGAUUUUUUUAACUUAUUUCUCUGUGUCAGUUUUGUCCUUUCAGUUCAGCUGAUAAUGAAAAAAAAUAAAAUGGGGAAAAAAAGAAUGAAAACCUU